CGCCACAUAGGCACGCGCGGCUGUUCUUUUGGGCCGAGAACGCGCUUUGCGUAGCGUGAUAACUAUGGAACGCGCAGGAGGUGGCGACGUGCCGACUCCUUUCUCAGCGGGCAAAGCUUCGGGCCGAGGGCGCGGUAAGCUGGCGCGUACGGGACCCCCAGUGGCACCACCUUCGAACCAGCCCACCGCCCCCGUCGCAGCGGCACCGCAGUCAUCGGACCCCGAGCAACGCAGUGCUGCGAACGGCCCGCCGCACUAUGGCCAAGGAGACGAGCAGCCCGUACUUAAAGAGGUGAAAGAAGAAGCAAACGAGAAAGCCGAGACUUCUAAACCCUUUCGACGCACAGGCUUUCCUUCCAAGAACGUCAAGACCGACACUCAGACGACGAAGCGUUCAGCUGCCGCGGACCAACCGUACCAACCCACGCGUAGAGACGAGCAAGCCCCAACGGCAAAUAGUGGUGGCUGCAGUGCCAACACGGACGGUUCUGACGGCACUGCAUCUCAUCACCGUCAUCAGCAGUCGUCUGCAUCCGCGACGGGACGCUCAAAGCGUCCAUCUUCCAAUCGCGCCGGUCAGCAGCAUGGCCCGCCUGGAAACAGCGGCGGCCCCGUCCAGCAGCAGCGUCUCGGCGGCGGGAGUGACGAGAAGACACAUUCCGGAGAGCAGCCUGCGUGCCGGGAGAAAUCACUCAGCGUCGUGGAGCAAGCAUUGCUAGAUCCCGACGUCCUGACGCCCGAGCAGGUGGAGCGGCUGGUGCGCGUUCUCUGCAAGAAGGCGAUCCACGAGGCCGACUGCGCGGAACCGGCAGCGAAGUUCUGCGCCACCGUCAUCAUGGUAAGGCACGCACGGAGGGCGACCCUUCCCGUUAACGACGGCGGCAGGCAUCUGUGGCCCACAGAAGGAGAGCGGGGACACGUUCCUCGAUUCCCUGAUGGACAGCUGCCGGGAUCGCUUCAGGCAGCGCGACCAGUUGCAGCCAGGGUGUGCUGGCACUGGCAAAACGACCGAGCAGCCGCGCAAGUCCGGAGAGCCCAGCCACCGUUGCACGGGUUUCGUGAGUUUCCUGGCCGAGCUCCUGGCAGCCAUCACAGAGAGAGGAAGCGUGGUCGGCACCAAGCUCUGCGGACGUGCUUUCUGCCUGGCGGCGAUGCUGUGCGAGUGCUGCAAGAACAUGGUCGACGCGAUGACAGAGGACAGCGCUGCCGAGUUGGAGUGCCUUCGCUUCGCGCUGAAGAGCGCCGGCAGGAGCGCCGAGCGAGCCGCUCCCCUCCGCGUGGCGGCGCUGGCCAAGUGCCUGCGGGACAGAUUCCUCGCGGCGAAAUGCCCGCCAGGGGUGCGCGUGGCGCUCCUCGAACUUCUCGAGCUCCGAGCUUCGGGGUGGAAAAUGGAGGCACGCCAAGAACGCUAUUACACGACAGGUGCCGGUGGUGCUCGGCGCACUGAUUGACAUUGGGUUGCGAUUGUGCUUUGUUGAGGGGUGCGAAUGCACUGUAGUAAACUCUUAUCAAGCAUGGUGCUCUUUGUUGUCGAAUAAUUCACGUUACGAAAGCUCA